AUGAACAAUGAAAAUAGCGGAGAGGUGGAGGAUGGACAGAUAGAGUCGCCUUUGAAUGAUUCGAUUAACAGUAAUUGGAAAAUCUGCCAAGGUACUUUUAAGUAGUUAGCGUGAUUUUAUUGGAAAACUUGUCGGUUAUCUUGAGUAACUCACGAACUGUUGUUUAUCCCUGUACAGCUGUUGCCGAAAAUGCAUCAGAAAGUCUUAAACCGCCAAACAGUAAGAUAUUUCAGCUUCAAAUGGAUGAAAUUGGUUCAAGAAUUCGAGAGACCGAAGAGAAAUUGGUAACACUUGUUGCACUUUGCUGAUUAAGCCGAUUUUGAAUGAGUCCCUUUCAUUGAGAGAUAUCUUGUCGUUUUCGUUGUUGUUAUCGCAGGUGUAAAAUCGUUUUUUCUUUCUUUUUAUUUGUUUAUAAAUGUCCUUAAUUCUUUGCUUGUAGAAAUCACUCGAAAAGCAAGUGUUACUGUCUGGGGGCAGAAUUAACAAGUCGGCUGCCCCGGUCGAUAAGGAGAAGUUGCACGAAGAACUUCAAGACCUUCGCACUCAGCGCGAGAAAGUCAUCGAAGAAAGGAAACAGUGUGAUCUCGAACUCAAAGGGUUAAAUGAUCAAGUUCGGAAGAAGGUAUGUUGUAUUUUGCACUCGAAAUUCGCGAAUACCACAACGACAGUAUGUUUCUAAACUAUUUUUAGCAAGUGACAUGUAGGUUGCGAAAAAAAUUGUAGUGGUAAACCGCUAUAAAACCGCUGUUUCCGAUUUAUUUUAUUGUUAUUCUCUGAAUUGAUCUGUGAUCUUCCUUUUAAUUGAAGGGUUACCAGCUUCUUUGCUUUUUUAAUUUAUUGAUGUGAUUACAAUCGACCAUUUUUCUGUUGAAUGCGAUUUAUCGGAGUUAUGAAAUAUAACUCAAGUUUGUAACUAAAUUGGAAUUGGAUCAUCACAAAAAAAUCUUUUUAUAGCCAGUUGACCUUAUUAUGUAAUUUUUGUAACGAUGUGUUUGGAGGAACAAAUCUGUUUAGUCUACAGUAACGUGGUUUUUUUCCAAAGGGAUGAUGUUGAAAUUUGAUGUUAAUUUAUUCAACCCAAAUACACGUUUUCUUUGAGUGACAAUUAUUUAGCGAACUGAAAUUUGUAUUCACCCACCAUAGAUUUUGUGAGUUUCCCAUCUUGAAAAUGCCAAAAAAUAAUGCAAUCAAGAUUUAAAUGGUAAUUUAUAAAAUUUAACAAGUUAAAGGGAAAUGCAAAGUUAUAUUAAACAAAAAAUACCGGCUGCUAAGGAAAAAUUGUAGAAAUGGAUUUUUCAGCUGGCCAUAUAUUUUCUUUCCAUGCAUCUUCACCAUGAAGUACCAUGGACCUUCUCAUGACAGUCUCUUUUAGAACAGAAGGAAAUGUUGGUUCCAUUUGGAGGGAGGAUGGGGAAUAAUUUAAAUUUUAUUUAUUUCUUUUUUUGUUAUUUAAUUUCUAGAAUGAUGCAUGCACAAAGCUUCAAGCAGCAACAAGAUACAAAUCAGAGGCCAGAAUAGAUGAAGCUGUGAGGUUUGUGUAUUUUUUAUCUCACUAAUUGUUGAAUCAUUGUCUUGCCAUUGACCAUUUCACUUACAUGAUCUCAAUUUAAAUUCUCCACUUUGUCUUCUAUUCAUUUCUCAUGAUUGUAACUCAGAGAAUUUGAUCUUUAAUCAAAUUGUGUCCUUUGGUGAUAUUUUGUGAACUUCUCAUCAUCUUCCUGACUGAUAUUGUGUUCAUUUUUUAAGGAGAAAUUACUUAUUGGUCAUGCACGAAAGUGAGAGAGGAAAUAUGUUUACAAUAAAUUUGUUAUUGGCUAAUGUUGAAGAAAAUCUCGUGGUCAUGCAGAUUUUCUUUCAGUCUGAAACAAAGAGAUGUUAACCUGUACAAGCUAUGAUAACACCGUCAGUUAUACGAUAACGUCACAUAAUCAAAGUGAUCAAAAAUAGUGGCUCAAUUAAUUGGAGGUUGGUAUGUCUGUGCAGGAGACUAGAACACCAGAUGCAGGCACAGCAACUUAAUUUAAGGGAGGAGAAAAGGAUUGUGGCAGAGAUUGACACACUCAAGCGAUCAAAGAGAAGUUUAAAGUAAGUAACAUGAGUAGGAUAACCCCUUUACACCUGAACAUCAGCAUGCAUUUUCCCUAUACUGUUCUUUAUACAUUUCUUAAGGUGCUGACUAGGAGAGUUUGUUUAACGAUCAAGAGCUUCUUUAGUUCAUGAUCAUUUUCUUUAUUCCCAUGACCUUACUGUGUGAUUUAAAGGUGAUGAUGUGAGGAGAAAUAGGAUGCCAGUCACUCUUAGGGGUUUAAGGGUGAACCCUUAAACUCUUGCAUCAAAUUUGUAAACCUCUUUAUUGUCAACCAUACAAUUCUUGUAAUGUUGGUUCAGAGAAUUUAGAAUUGAAUCAACAAAUUAUCCCCAAAUUGAUAUUUUUCUUUAUUCUCAUCACUUAUCUGGUUGAUAUUGUAUUUAUAUUGUAAGGAGAAAUUCUUUCUUGGUCACUCAUGGGAGUUAAAGGGUAAAACAAGUAGAUUGGAAUCCCAAGUGGUGACUUCUGUUAAAUCUUGAACUCCGUAAGAGACAGAAUUUCUCCUUACAAUAUCAGUACAAUAUUUAAGCAAAUGAGUGAUGAGAUUGAAGGAAAAUAUCAAUCAGCCAGGGGAUUAUUAGUUGAUCCAAUACCAAGUUCUCUGAACUAACUUUAUAAUAAUCAUAUCAUGGUAGAUGGUAAUGGGAAUUAGUAAUGAGAUUUGGGAUUGGAAGAGUUUAAUUAAACCUUGAGAUUAAAAGAGCUUAAUUAUGUUUUGCAUUUAGGAUGCCUUGGUGUUCUUGUUGAUGUUGAUGAUGUUUUGUUUGUUUUUUUUUUUCAUUUGCAAUCUAUUUUUGAGAAAGCAAAAUCCAACUUUUGAAGAAUCACUGAAUGGUUACUGAGAUGGAAACUGCAUUCAACACAUUCAAGCAAGCAAGCACAAAAAAAAAAUUAUCUUUUAAGUACACUCUGAGACAUUUCCAUAAGGUUCAUCAGAUGUGUGAACAGUUUACUUUCAAAACCUUCAACAAUGAAUGCAAAAAAAAAAAAAAACUGAAAAUAUUUCUAUUUCACUACAGGGAAUACUUAGACCUUAAACAGCAUGUGGACCAGCUGAGGAACAAACAGAAACACUUAAGGUCACAGAGAGAUGUGAGUAACAUACAAAGCUUGUAAGAUUACAUUUUGCAUCAAAGACAGACCUCUUUCCUUUAAAGACAAAGUUUGCUCUAGAAACAGUAGAAUUACAUGUAGGUAUUUAUCUCUACUUUUAAGGAAGGAUUAGGGAUUAAUAUCCAUUUCUUGACUGAGUGGAAGGGCUAGAUAGUAAAUAUUCAGUCAUGAUGUGUGCCUGAUUGCAGUGAGGUUUGUGAAUCAUGACUAAGGGCCAAAUGUUUUCCUGUCCAGUCUGACCAAACUCAGUCAAUAAGUAUGUUAUUAUAUGACCUCAAGGUUUGAAAAAAAAUUAAAUGUUAUGUUUGAAACUAAAUAAGAUGUGAUAACUAACAUGAGAAAGGUGCAUGAUGGACUGAGCUACAGAUUCUUAAAUAGUUGUUAUUGAACAUGCAAUGUUGAAAGCGUGAAAAAGCUGCAGCACACUUCUUUAUUGAUUCAUGGUUUAUUCAAUUAUGAUUCUGUUACAAUGCCUGGGUUAACUCCCACUCACAACUCUUAGCUGUUUGGAAAGUAACAGACACAAAAAUGUCCUGUUGCAAGCACAUUGAACAAGGCCAUAUAUGAGUGAAAAAACAUCUGCAGCUAGAUGUUUGUUUGGUCGUGUUAUAGACCAAGGAAAUCACUUAAUAUAUAAGUGUCAAUCAAAUUGACUAAUUAACACAUCAUACUGUUUCCAACAGCAAGUCAGAAGAAGAGAGUAAUGCUUUUCCCUUUUUCAUUCCAGUUUUAAUUUCUCUAAGUUUAACCCUUUAAUUCCCAGAAGUGAUUCACAUGUAACUUCUCCCUAUAAUAUCUAAACAUUAUCCAGCAAACAGGUCAUGAGAAUAUUCACACUUAUCAGGUAGAAAUUGUUAUCCUGAUCAAACACCAAAUUCUUGUAACUUAUUUAUGAGGAAAUGUGUAGCAGCUAGAGGGGAGAAUUAACAAUCAGAUCUUGGGAGUUAAAGGGUUAAGACAGUGAAAACUGAAGUUUUUAGAAAAUGCUACAGCAUUGUCAGUGCAGGGCUAGACAACUCAGCUUUUUUCUACAUGGAGUUCCAUCAACCCUUGCUGUCCUAUACACAGCUUUCACUGUGGUUUUGUAAGACACUGGCAGCAUUUCUUGAUUUUAGGGAAUAACAAAAGUUCACUGUCAAAAAAUUGUCUUUAAAUGUGCUUAUUUACCAUAAAGAAGAUGAAAAUUUGUGGGUAAAAAAUAUUUUGUAAUAUUGCUUGAAGUAACUCUUUUCCACUUCGUCAGGCACAUAAUAGUUUAUUUCUGGUAUAAUUAACAAUUGCCAGUUCACUAGUAAUUAGCAAACUAUCUUUUAUCCACAAAAUUAAUGCUUAUCACUCACUUAUCAGGCAUGUGUGAGAAGAAUAAAUGGCUUGAAGGCAAGAGAAGAGAAGUUGAAGAACCAGUUAGAUUCAGCUGAUGUCUGUAAUGAAAAUGAAGAAGCAAAAAUUCAGCAGCGUGAACAUCUGAAUACAAUAGAAAUUCUCAAAAAAGGUAAAUAACUUUAAAUCAAGGCUUUUGCCUUUAUAUUUCUCGUGCGAAAUCUGUACAGUGAAGCUGCUUGAUGAAAUUGCUGUUUCAGAAACUGGCUCUGGUUGGUCCAGAGGGUGGAUAUUUCUAUCCGACAGAUAAAACACUCUCUAGAGGAUAUGUGUUAACAAAAUGUACUAUAAUUAUUAUCCAUUGGAUAGAGAUAUAUUUAGUGGACAGCGAUAUUAACCCUUCGAAUAACCAGGGCAGAAAAGUAAAAAGCAUUCUCCCGUGAGGUCGGUAGACAUGUAUACAGCACUAAAUUUGCACAUUGAAAACUUGCACGAAAUCAAUGAAUACUUUGUGGUAGGUCAUAGGGAACCUUACUUAACCCUUUAAUGCCCAUGAGUGACCAAGACAGAAUUUCUCCUUACAAUAUCAAUACAAAAUCAAGAAGACAAGUGAUGAGAACCAAGAAAAGUAUCAAUAGUCCAUUUUACAGUUGUGAGCUUGGUUGCCAAGCCUUUGAACAGGAAUGAGGCUAAGGGUGACCUUGUUAUCAUACAAACCUUGCUGCUUUUCAAAUGCAGAUUACUUUGUUAUCAUGCUAACUAGAUACUGGUCUCUAUCACAACAAGGACACCUUCAGCCUCACUCCAAAUCAAAGGCUUGGCAACUAAGCACACAACUGUAAAAUGGCCUAUUAUGGGGUUAUUACUGUCAGUAGAUGAUCCAAUACCAAAUUCUCACAAGUAACAUCAGAAGAAUUGUAUAGCAGGCAGUAAGGAGAAUUACUAAUGAGAUCUUGGGAGUUAAAGGGUUAAACCAGUGUGUGAACCUGAGCCGUUGAAUUUCCGAUCAACAGAGACAAUUGUUGGAAGAAAUGGGCUAAAGGGGUGGAAUGUUACAUUGCAAAAAAUUCAAAUUGGCAGUCUUAAAUUAUUUUUUUUCAGAGGGAGAAGUUAUCUCCAAAACUCUAGCUCAUGAAUUGUCAGGAUUUCCAAGCACCUUGCAACAAUAAAAACACUCGGUCUACAGUCUCGUACUUUUGUUUUGUUUCUUAGUGUUGGGAUGCCCUGAUAAAACACAAGCUAGAGUUUUGGAAAUAGUAUGAACAAUGUUGGUUGUGAUGACCUCUGAAAAGAUCUUUUUUAUGAACAGAAAAACACUUGGUUUUUUGAAGUAGCUUGUUUUCCAUGGCUGGGUCAAGUACAAAGGGUACUUGCAAAGUAGAUUGUAAGUAAAAUCUGUUUAUCGAUGUCUAGAUAAAUUCUCACAUUUCUCUCUUUGGUUUGAAGAGCUGGAUGACCUUCAUAGCGAGAAAAGAGAGCGGAAAGCAAAGUUUUCUAAGGAAAAGAAUGAUUAUUACUCGGCCAUUAGAGAAAUGAAGUCUCAAAAACAAAGAGAGGAGGCCACAAGGAGAAAGAAUGAAAAGCAAACCAUGAUGAAAGCUGUGUAAGUUUUGAACCAAUUGCAUUGACAGUACCUGUUUACCUCUUAUGGAAGUUUUAUGGUUUGCAAAUGAGUGAAAAACUGUUUUAAGCCUAAAAUCUCAAAUCUCGAAUCUCCCUAAGUUGGCUUAGGGAGAUUUGAAGACAGUACAUAGAUUAGGAGGGGGGCAGGUGGGUCAGGGGGGGGUAAGUUACAGCUGUUUGCGAAAAGGUUGUGGGAAAAAAGGAGAAAGAGCACCCAACAAUCUCAAAAGGUAAUCUGGUUAUCCUGUAAUCAGUGGGUUUUAAUAAGUGAAACAAACAAUUAUGGGCAAAGGGGCUAGUGAACUGGGGAUGGAUACCAACAUGUUUGUGAGUGCAGGAGGAAGUCAGGACAAUAGAGUAUUAUGUUGUAAACCAUUUUUUCUUCAGGGUACUUCAAAUUUGCUCUUAUAAAAUUUGCGUCAUUUUUGUCUUUCAUUUGAAUCAGUUCCUUAUUUUUUGUUUUUCACAAGUUUAAAAUAUAAGAAAUUCAUCAAUCCUGCUCAGCCUUUUCCUAACAGUGAUAUUUUCUUCAAUUUUCCUGAAUUCCUGAGGUCAAGGAACCAUGAACUAAAAACUGCCCACAAUGUCUUAUGGGGUUGUCUGGUGCUCUGUGCUUAUCUAACAGCCUUUCUGCAAACAGCUGUAUACAGUAAAGUGAAAUUUAAGCCCUUUAAAGUAUUUGACAAUCCCUAAACUUGAUCAGCAAAAACCUAAAUGUUACACCAGAGAGGUCCACUCUUUUGAUUGUGCACUGCAGGGAUCAAACCCUUAUGCUAAGAAAUCUGAAAUUUGAAGCCAUGUGAUUUUGUGCUCUGUACCCAUCUCACCUACUUCAGUAAUUUCAUCCCAGUCUCUCUCAACAAAUAAAAAAUGCUGGAAUUGUUCCACAUGAUUUAAAUUUAACAAAUCACCAAUAGUCCAUUUUACAGUUGCAUUCUUAGUUGUCAAGCCUUUAAACAGGAGUGAGGCUAAGGGUGACCUUGUCAUGAUUCAAACCUUGCUGCUUUUCAAAUGGAAAUUACUUUGUUAUCAUGCUGAGUAGAUACUGGUCUCUAUCACCACACAGUCAACUUCAGCCUCACUCCAAAUCAUAGGCUUGGCCACUAAAACAACUGUAAAAUGGCCUAUUGAAAAUAUACCUUCCAUGAACAGAAAACCCUUUAAAUUAUCAAUGCACAUGAAUAUAAGUUCCCUACUGAUAGAUUAGACAUGUAAAUAUGAUUUAAUCUCACCUGAGAUGUUGCAAACAUAUUUAUUUAGUAAAUUAUUUUGGUUUUUUGAAGACAUUCAGAUUAUCUGAAAGGUUUGGCUUUUGUGACCCUGUGUAGAACUCUUUGUGCUUUUUAACAGUUUAAUUGAAAUAAAUCUUUUAACUCCCAACUGACCAAUUAGUUAUUCUCCCAACUGAUACACUCCCUUGUAAAUUAGCCAGGAGAAUUUCAUUUACAUCAAGAUAACACCCACUAACUGACUGGGAAUUGCAGUGAGAAGUUACAAGUUAAUCACUAGUGGUAGUUAAAUGGUUAAAUCAUUUGUUUACACUGCAGAGUCAGUAACAGAGCCACACGACAGCUCUAUGAAAAGGAGAAAUCACUUUGUGACACUCUCAUUAGCCAUAUGGAGAAGUUGCACACAAGUUUGGUUCAUCUUCCAGAAAUUCAAGGUGCAGCUUCAACAGACAAGGAACCAGUGGUCUCUUUAUCAGCAAGUACGAACAUGUUUCUUAGAGAGUGCAUUUUAGUGUCAGUGUUUCUUGCAUUUGGUAUUGAUAAAAUUUGAUCUAGCGGUAUGUCAUUGCCAGGUGCUGAUUUUUCUUCAUCUGGUGAGGGAAUGUUUCUCAGGCGCAAGUCAGAUGCUGAUGAUCUGGUUGGUGUCUUUGCUGGAGUUCACAGAAUAUCACGCAAAGGCAGUCGCAAAGGAAGGCGUUCAUCAGCAAAAGAGGUCUGUACCUAAUUAUUGACAAAAAAAAUUGGUAUUUGAAAUAUUCACCAGCAUGGAGAUGUAUUUGUCAGAGUUUUGAGGUCAGAGUGAUUCUAAAAUACAGUAUAGUUUCAUUUACUCCCAUGAGUGACCAAGAUAGAUUUUCUCCUUACCAUGUCAAGACAAUAUCAAGCAGACAAGUGAUGAGAAUGUAGAAAAAGUAUCAAUAGGGGAUCAUUACGUGUAGCUGAUCCAACACCAAAUUCUCCAAGUUAACAUCAUAAGAAUUGUAUGGCAGACAGUACAGAGAAUUACUAUUGAGAUCCUAGGAGCGAAUGGGUUAAGUUGUACUAAUCAUUUUAAAGAAGCUAGCAAACAUUUGAAUACCUGAGUUCCAUUUAGGUUGUGUCAGAGUUACUGACAGCAACCAUAUCAGGAAGUAGAAAUGAACUUUGCCAACCAAAAUAAUUUCAGUGAAAUUUGCCAAUGACUGUUCAGGGUGUCAUGAAGGAAAUGUGAACGUUAUCAUUACCGGGCAUUUAAAGGCUCAUGACACAGAGAGAUAAACAUUGCUAGCAUAAACUUUAAUGUAACAUUGCAAAAGAUAUCCUUUUUAUGUGACUAAAAUUUUAUUUCUGGCAACAGUUUUUAUGACUUUAGAUUGUCUAGUGAUGACUUGGAAAAAGUAAAGUGCUGGAUCCUGAAUUGUCAGAGUACCAGAGAAUAAUUCCCAGCCCAAUUCAUCAAUAAUUAUGUGACUGACUAAUUUAAAUGUUAUAUUUGAUGAUUUCCCAUUAGUAACUUUCUCUAAAAAAUAUUUUUUUGCUUAAUGUAAACUUGUACUUUUACUCAAUUUCAGGCACCUCGUAAAUUGAACCUUCAUCCUGAAGUUGUUGAGCAUCUUUUAACACUUGGUUUAUCACCUCCCAGUACUGCCACUGACAUUCCAAAGGUUCUUGGAGAGCUUCACGAAAAGAAGGUAUACCUCUUUACUAAGGGUGUAUUAUUUUAGUGUGUCUGUAAAUUAUCCUUGAGCUCACCUUCUGGUUAAUAAAUAGAUUUUUUGUUAAUAAUAAAACAUAUAACUGUUUGUCUCAUGAUGAAGUCAAUUAAGAUAAAGAAAAUGACGUUUCAACUGUGUAGUGCUAGUUGUCAUCAUUCCAUGUUGUUGUACGUCUGUUCUGUAAGAGAUCACUGAAGACAUCAAAAUCUGGUAAGAACAAAAAAAAAGAGGCACAUAAGGGGCUGCCAAGUGUGUCACUAAUGUUCAGUGACAGACCCACAGCAACAUGGAAUCUAUUUUUCUUUUUUGGUGAGGAGGCAAAAAAUUGUUUAUGCAUGGUGGUGUCAUUCAUACAUCUGUCCUCCAAUAGAUCAUAUUAAGUUAAAAACCAAUAAAUUUGUAUGGAGGUCAGCUGAUUAUGUAAUUAAUAUUAGUCACAACUCCAUCCUUUGUUACCAAUCUAAGUCACUUUGAGAAGUUAUCACUGGAAUCAAGCUAACAGUUUCUUUAAUUGGUCACUAGUUGCAUUAGCUCAUUGCAUUGCAUUGAUUUUCAGGAGUUCUAUAAUAAUCCCCCUUCCUCAAGCUCUUUGUUGGCACUUGCCAGUAACGAUCCCAUGUCACCAAUAAGUGAAGAAGCUACACCAGAAUUUCCAACUAAAUUUGAGGAAAAGGAUGCAAGUAAAACCACUGAUACUUCAGCUCAAAUUGAGAGCACAGCAGAGAAAGAUGAAGAGGGAGGUGAAAAUUUGCACAUCAUUGUUCCUCAGUCUUCUUUAACUGAAGGUCAUGAAGUGUCUAGUAGAAAAAAUUUGGUUAAAGUGAACACUGAUUCAGCUGAGAACUUGAACAGCUUGGUACCAGGAACAGAUGAAAAUGUGUCAAAUGUUGAGAGAGUAGAGCUUGAAAAGUCAGCUUCUAGUGAAAUUUCUACAGACCCAGCAGUUGCCAGUGGGAAUUCUGAUAUAAAUGUAGACGGUGAAGAGAAUCACGAGCUUACAAACACUUUGAAUGAACCUACUGGUGUACCAGUCGCCUUUUCUGCACCUAGUGAUAAUUUGUGUGAUUCAGGCGAGGUUGUUGCCAACUGUUCUGAUGUGGAGAAUUUCAGUCACGUAAAGGAAGAGAAACAAAGAAUAGACCAGAUGCUCUCCAAGUCUGAACAAACAGACAUUACUUCGCAAGAUAAUAUUUCCACACCGCUUUCUCACAACAGCACAAGUGCAGAACAUCCCAAUUUCACCAGCCCAUCGCCUCACAGUCCAAAGCUCUCCUCAGAACAAAAUUGUUUGGAAAGUGCCUAUGAUAAGAACCCCCUAAAUGAUGGACACAAUAUAGUUAAAAUACAAUAUGAGAAGUGCCCUGCAUAGAUCACUAGGUUAAUCAUGUCUACAAGAUAUCUUUUAAAAACCUCUUUUACAAAUAGUAGUUAUUGUUAGGAAUGAUUCUUUCAUGAGCGUGUAUGUGCUCUUGAAUCAGCUUUUUGGAAAGCUCUCGUGUGGCAAUUAAAAUUCUAAAAUGGAAAGGGACAUCUCAAAGCUCAGUACUCAGAUAACAUAGGAAAAAGUGGCAAAUUUUAUGAAAACGAUCACUUUUAAAUGAUGUGUUAGGCAGGUUGUUCACUCUGCACUGUUACUUCUGCCAAGAUGUUGGUAAUAACCCCAUCUUUGUGAAGGUGAUUUAUGGUUUUGACACUCAGAAUGACACUUUCCAUAAUGGGCCACUGUCGCAUUUCUACCUGUAAUCUUCCCUAAAAUGUUCAGACAUAUUGGACCAAGUAGUAUUUUGACCAUAUUUAAGAAAUGUUACUAACAGACAAUAUGAGUGCUGAAAAAUUUGCAUUCAUUUCAAAUUUUCCAUUUUAAAAAAAAAAAAAAACCAGUCUUUUGUACAUAAUGAAAGGCUUGGCAUUAAGCCACAUGUAAUUUUUACUUGUGUGUGCAUUUGCAGAUCAAAUGAUACCAUAAUGAGGACCAAUUUUUAAUCAGAAUUUUUAUUAGAUAAGUCAGUAUUCUCCUUCUGGGCAAAGACUUUGCUAUUAGUGAGGUGUGAUAAGAUUGGAAAUUUGACACAAAGUUAAUUGAUUUGAACAAACUGCCUCCAUUUCAUGUGGGCAACUUUUUUAAAACUGGGUUUGAGAUGAACCAGUUGAUGCCUAAGAGUGAUUAGCAUCUAAUUUCUAAUUUCUCCUUACAAUAUCAGCCCUCAAUCACACAUUUAGGUCACAAGAACAAAUGAAAUGAUCACCAAUUAAAGAAGUUCCUGAUUGUUAAACAAAUUCUCCUUGUCAGCAUUUAUGGAAAUGUAUAGAGAACAGUAUUGAGAAUGUGCAUACUGAUGUUGGGGUGUAAAGCUAUAAGAGAUGAAAUGGCUUAAGGAAAAACUCUUUUCCUUUGAAAUAUAAUUUGUGGCUAGGCAGGACAGGUGUGGUGUUUGUUGUGUUGUAAAUAUCUAUCAAGUGGGCUCAUCAUAAGAUAUGUCAGCCGUAGGUUUCUUGUUGAACUUACCUGGCUCAGUCUGUGGUAAAAGUUUGAUUUUCUUGCUGAAUUUCUUGUGACUUUAAUUUUUCUGUGGUUUAACCCUUCAACACCUAAGAGUGAUUUACAUGUUACUUCUUCUUACAGUAUCACUGUUGAAUAAAAUACUAAGGGCAUGAGAAUCAAGGAAAUGAUCAUCUACAAGAGAAGCUCUGGAUUGUUGAACACAUUGUCUGUGUCAGUACCAUAGGAAAUGUAUAGAAAACAGUAUGGAAAAUAUGCACACUGAUCUUAGGUUUAAAUAGAUCAGGGUAUCUGAUUGAUUGAUGUGAUCUCUAUAUAUUGCAUUUUAAACAUAUUCUUUCUUCAACCCAGGAGAGAGAAAUUUAGUACAUAUUUUAAAAAUUCAAAUGUUAUGUGGGAUAGUCUAAGGUGAAAUAAAAUAUUUCACUCGAUUUGUUCUCAAUUUCAUUUUGGUUACAUGGGUCAAAUUAUUGACAUCCAUUAUAGUGAGAUUCUUGUAGCCACAGUGAAACUUCUCAUUAAAAAAAGUACCAAAAUUAAGGAAAUGAAUGAAUUUAUGUUGUCUAUACACAUAUGGUUGUGUAAGAGCAAUCUCUUUUAGAUCCAUGGAGAUAAGAAAGGACACAAAUUAACCCACCACAUUGAUUUGAUUGAGCUGUAACUUUUGGAGCGCCAGAGAGAGUUUAAAUUAGUCGCACAUUUAUAAUGUAAUUAGUGAUGGUUGUCUUAAUAAUAGUGAAUUUGUUGAUUAAAAGAGAAAAGAG